AUGGCUGGUGGUGUUGCCAUCCUCCCGAGCGGCGGUGCCCACGAUGCACCGACCGAAGGCUCCCGCACGUACGCGAUCGUCGUCUGCGUCUUUGCGUCCCUCGGCGGUAUCUUCUUUGGCUAUGACCAAGGCGUCACCGGCGGUGUCCUC